ACAGCUUCCUGCGAUGAGAGUCAGGUCCGUCUGACGCGACAAGGGGGAAGUGGAUGUGUCACAUCACAGAGGCAGCACGCACGCACACAGGCACACAAGUGCACACUCACGCCAGGCUGCUGGGGACUUCACUAGACAUGGAGACCAAGCCGGACGUGAAGGCCAUCAUGGCACGCUUCAACGCACCCAACAAUGGUUCCACGGAGGCAGCGACGGGGGGGCAUCCCACGCUACACCAUACCUUCUCCUCAGGAGGGUCCAGCCAGCCUAAGAGGACAGCGCUAGAAAGCACCCUGUCGGGGAACACGACUGGCCUGAAGACCAACGUCAGGAGGAACACAGACUCCUCCCAGAGCACCCCGGAAACACACGAGUUCCCCCGAUCCAAAGUGCCACCGGCCAAGCCUGGAGGGGGCUCGGAGGACGGGAAGCCCACCUUCCCCAAGCCCCACACCUUCAAGCCCAAGACCUCAGAGACGGCUACAGAUGGUGAACCCAAACCCCCCCUACCCAAACCGAUUUCACUGAAGCCAGUGCUCACUGCCACCCUGUCCGACCCCAAGAUGUCCACCCCCAAACAUCCCUCUGUCAUGACCAAGCCCCCCUGGAAGGAUAGUGCCAAGCCAGAGGACAGCAGCAGCAGUGGCCCGGUUGCAGCCAAGCCGCUGCCCGCCAACAAGCCCAAGAGCACCUUAGGGGUUUUGCGCUCACAGGCGGAAGACACGUCAACACCAGACUCGGGCUCCAAGCCCCACCCGUUGUCUAACCUGAAACCCACAGGCUUUCGGGCCGCCCAGAGCGCCUUCAACAAGGAGAACACCGAGGAAGCGCCCCGUGAAGGGCCCAGACCCCAGAGCUCCAACGAUGCACCGGGACCCAAGUCACCAGCCGCCAAGAAGCCCAGUUUUGUGAGGAAGACCCAGGCCCAAGCCUCACAAAAAGAGAACAGUGACCCCAAUGCACCAAAGAAGAACCCCCUUCCCAACAUUUUUGCUCUGGGGACCCCCCCGGCCAAGCCAAACAGACCGCCAAAAAUCAGCCUGGAGAAGUUCAAGAAGGCUGGCGAACCCAGUAGUGAAGGUCCAGGCUUGAAGAAACCCGGAGGUCGUCCGCAGCCCCCAGCCUUUCACCCCAGCAGCAAUGUGCCCCCACCAGUGCCCGCCCUAUCGGCAGCCCCCAGCCUGCCCCCCCGCCCAGGAAAUAUCCCCCAGUCAGAGCCAGAUGAAUAUGACGACGUUGGAGGUCACCCAAACCAAAAGCAUGAGGGUAGCGACAGCGACGAGGAGACCUACGAAGACCCCGACAACAGAUGGUCAUCCGCGGAGGCGAAGGAGAAGAGGCAGGAUAAGGAGGACAAAAGGAAGGUGGAGCUGGAGAAGAAGGAGCAGAAGGAGCGAGAGAAGAAAGAACAGGAGAUGAGGAAGAAGUUCAAGAUUACAGGGCCUGUUAAAGUCAUCCACAGGGGCAAGGCCAGAGUGGACUGCAAAGGUGGCAAGACGGACCUGAGUGUGAAGCAGGGCGACCCCAUCGAGAUCAUCCGCAUCACAGACAACCCCGAGGGCCGCUGGCUGGGCAGGACGCGGGAAGGCUCCUAUGGUUACAUCAAGACCGAGUCAGUGGCGAUCGACUUUGACACCCUGAAGCGCCAGGGAGAAGCGGUGACCGGCCAGGCCAACACGGACCAGGAGUUGUACGACGACGUGGGCAGCCAGGACUCCAGGGUCGUAAGAGGUCCUGGAGUGGUUCUGCCCCCGCCGCCAGGCGAGGACGGUGACAUAUACGACGACUUGGACGACCCAGAUCUGAACGUCAGCCUACAGGAGUCCAAGAUCUCACCCAAAGCCCGGAAUCUCCUGAGUGUGUUCAAAGGCUGGGACGACUGGAGGAGAGGCACAGCCAGGAGUAACCAAGUCCCACCCCCGCCUCAGUUCACUCCUGAAGAAAACGCAGCAUCCUCUGUUGAUGAGGUGUAUGACGACGUGGACGCCCCCAUCCCCGGCCACGCGGCCAAGCCCAAGGGCAAAGUAGAGGACCCGAAGAAGCAGAAGAAGUUUGAGAAGGAGGAGAAGGAAUUUCGGAAGAAGUUCAAAUUUGAAGGAGAGAUCCAGGUUCUUGACCACGUGACUGUUUUAACGUCACUCAGCGGGAAAAAGUGGGCGGCCAAAGAGCUGGUGCUUAAACCAGGGGAGACCCUGGAUGUCAUUGUGAAGGCUGUGGACGGCAAGCUGAUCUGCAGGAAUGAAGAGGGAAAAUUCGGCUAUGUGUCAACAAGCAAUGUUGUUAUGGAGGAUUCGGACAUCUACGAUGACAUCGGAGAUGAUUGCAUCUACGAUAAUGACUGAAGGGACACUGUCAUCCUCUCGCUGUAAAGCGAUGUGUGUUUUCUCCGUUUGUCUUUGUAAUUGUGUGUAAAGCUGACUGUGUUUACUGCAUUACAAGAGGGGGGGGGGGGGGGCGGUGAAAGGGGAUCAUGCUUCGGAAAGUCCUCAUCAGCCAUGUGACUGUUCCAUCUGCGACUGGCUGAUACAACAGAACACGGCCAGAAAAAUGAACAAGCAAACCAAAAUCUGUGCCCCACUAGCCUGGAAAUGCUCCAUUCUUUCCAAGAGCUUCCAAUAGUUUGGUGCUGAAGAGAUGAGGUUCAAAGUCAUCAAUGUUUUCCAUAAUACAAACCAUCACUCAUCCAAUAUCCAGCCCCAGCCAAUAUUUUUUUCUCAAAAGCUCCCACAUAGGCUCCUGAGCCAAUGAGAAGACCCCCUGGAUUUACUACAGACACCUCCUUCUCGUCUCCUUCUGCUGCACAAAGGACCUACACCCAGACUGGAGACCAGUCAGACACAAAGCCAGGUAUUGGGGGGUUUGAGAACCUUGUAGAACAAUCCUCAGCCGACACGAAGCCAGUGGCCAGACUGGGGGGCCAGCGGACUUUAAGAAAAAUCUGCCUGUUUAAAUUAAAAACCAGAAUUCCUGCAGAUUGAGUUGCAUUUUCACUUUCUAAGCCCCUUUUUAGUUGUCCACCACUUCAGUGCAGAUACUGAGAGACAUGCACCCUGAUCCAGUCCCUUUUUAACCGGGCCUCAGUGUACAAAACCGCUGCGUGUGUUCAGUGUGUGAAUGUGCACCCUGUAAUCGCAUAGCUUGAUGAAUAAGCAGUAUUUUAUUUGUGUUUGUUUGCUUGUUCUUCUCCCUCAUAUGAUAAUAUGUCUUUUUGGCCUUUCAUAGAUUUCUUUUUGGAAUAACGUAUAUUUUGCUCACCAUGAAAAAGGGAGAAAUUUACUGCCUAUGUUUUAUAUCUGCCUGUGUGAUGUUCCCUGUAUUUAUGAUCAUUAAAUUUGUCUUAUCUCAUUUGCAAACAAUGAAACA